CAGCUACUAAACCACAGUCAGUCUCUGAAGUAUCAGGAACAGUUUUUAAAAGCCAAGGGGGGUAGGAACAGAAGUGGGAAUACUGCGAGAGAACCUGCAACAUGGAGGAAACGGGUCUUUGAUACAAUACUGACUGAAUAGAAACAAAAACGCACUGAAGAAGGGAAGGAGACCCCAGAGCCCCGACUCCUGAGCUACAGUCACUGCCAUGGACUGGAAGACCUUCCAGGCGCUCCUCAGCGGGGUCAACAAGUACUCCACCGCGUUCGGCCGCAUCUGGCUGUCGGUGGUCUUCGUCUUCCGGGUGAUGGUGUACGUGGUGGCGGCCGAGAGAGUGUGGGGCGACGAGCAGAAGGACUUCGACUGCAACACACGCCAGCCCGGCUGCGCCAACGUCUGCUACGACCACUUCUUCCCCAUCUCCCACAUCCGCCUGUGGGCCCUGCAGCUCAUCUUCGUCACCUGCCCCUCGCUGAUGGUGGUGAUGCACGUGGCGUACCGCGAGGAGCGGGAGAGGAAGCACCGCCUGAAGCACGGGGAGGGGUCCAAGCUGUACCCAGACACGGGCAAGAAGCACGGCGGCCUGUGGUGGACCUACCUGAUCAGCCUCUUCUUCAAGACGGGCAUCGAGAUCGCCUUCCUCUACCUGCUGCACCUCAUCUACGACAGCUUCGACCUGCCCCGGCUGGUCAAGUGCGAGGUCAGCCCCUGCCCCAACCUGGUGGACUGCUUCAUCGGCCGCCCCACCGAGAAGAGGGUCUUCACCUACUUCAUGGUGGGCGCCUCGGCCUUCUGCAUCGUGCUGAACAUCUGCGAGAUCAUCUACCUCAUCUUCAAGAGGGUCUUCCGCUUCGCCCACAAGGUCAAGAACCGCAAGAGACACCAAAGGCUGCAGAAGAACCCCGGCAACAGGGCUCACGACUGCCAGUGCCACUUCCACGAGCACCUGGACAUGAAACCCAAACUCCGAAUUCACGAGGAGCUGCGGGCAUCCGCGCCCAACCUCUCCACUGCUGCCUAGGACCUCGGCCAAGUCAUCUUGAAAGCACUCGGACUCGUCUGGCUCUCAUUUUUCAAAAGAUUGCUUUGGAAACAGUUUUUUGUUCCACCAGGACAUUCCUAUUUCUCUUAGGACAAGUGUUUUGUCUUGGAGUGCUGCUGCUACCAUCGCCAGAUAUUGUCUCAAAAACUGCACAGGUCUAGAGGAAGAUGAUGGACAUUAAAUUCUGGGUUGUUUACUAUCCCGAGUGGCUUAUGCUGCUAAACAUGCCCCUCCCUCCCAGUUUCAAAUACCUGGAACUUAGGAGGAUGGUAGAUUUCAGAGGAUCAUGAGAAACGUGCCACUACCACAGGUUUACACUGCCGAAGAGUGAUUUUUUUUCUGUGGACCAACCACUUACCCAGUCUGAAUUUUAUUUUUAGUAUCAGCAAAACAGUUUUUAUUCAUCUUGUGAAUGAUCAUGAUUCAUUUUCUGUCUGAUCUGUUGACUGCAAAACAUUCACCAUCAACAGAAUUUCAUUGAUCCUGCUUGAUUGCUUAGUUAAUUUUUUUAGAAAAAGGGAAAUAUCUGGAAAAGAAAGCCACAAUAUUCCCCAGAUUUACAUAAACAGUUUUAAAAGAGCAUGAAAGUACAAAAGAAAUUGGACAUUGUUUGCUGUUUGAACCUCCUGGUCAUUUUUCUUCCAGUACUAAUCUAGAGCUGUUCUCCAAGUUGUCAGCAUUUUGCAAAUGCACACCUGAGAGAGACUAGUGGUGUUCGUAUUGGACACAGAAGACCAUUUCUAAAAACAAGUAGUUGAGGAGAAAAUAGAUUAAGCAAAGGCUGAUGCGCCCUGUUCACCACCAAAACUCUGAUGGAUGACUUGCAACUUGGAACAAAUGCAGUAUCAGUAUUUGGUCUAUUCCAGUAACUGUGGCAUACACAAUGAAAAUAAGCCAAAUUUGUGAGAGGUGACCAACUAAGUACGUGAAAACGAGCAUAGAUGGGGAACUAUAGGGCUGAGACAGACUGAUGACCUUUCCUUCACUGCCAGAGGAACACAGACAGACCAGGCUGACAGCCUCACCUGCAAUGUUUUCGGUGUUCAGCUCUGUGAUGGAACAUCUAGAGAUACCCACUGAUAUAAGCAGUUUUCUGACACCACAAAUACCAACUGAAUUUGUAAAAAAAAAGUUUUCCAUUUAUUUUUAACUGUUGCCAUGCUUAACAAAUGUUCUUGCAUGUCUGCAAGUCUGGGUGAAUGUGCAUUGGGAGGAGUGUUAAGGAAUGGGCCUGUGAACACAUAGGAUCUCAUGUUGCACUGCUGCAGGGGUCACUCAAGGAGGACAGGUAGACCAGCAGUUGUGAGGAAAGGCUUUGUCUGCUGCUAGGUUCCACUUCAAGCUCCAGGCCCCGCCCACAGUCCUGGUUUCUGUCCUAACAGGAUGUCAAGCCAAGAUCCCUUUGGAUGUGACUCUGUACUAGGAGUUACUCUUAUCAAAUAGAAAUUAAAAACCAGUAUCUUCCAAAAGACUAAGCCAGAUGACUUGUUCAAGUCUGGGGCAUUCUACUCAAGGGUGGGCAGAUAGAGGCAGAGAAAGAAAUGAGUUUGGAAGACUAGGUAACCUGCUCUUUUCCCUGCUGAGAGCUGGGAUUUCAGAACAAGCACAAAUCAUGUUGAUUAUACAUUGCUUCUUGUUGUAUUUAUCAUUUUUAUAUAUUUUUAGCUUUGCUAGAAUGUAUUUUUUAUAAUUUUCUAGUAUGUAUUUUUCCUUUAAUCUUGAUAUUGCUCCAGGGAGAGAGUUUUAUUCAUGUAUUUUUUUUAUAUUCAUUUGUGAUUGUUUUGUCCACAGUUUCAGUUAUCACAGUGGUAGAGAAUCAAGACAUUUUUAAAUCCUUUUAUAAUAAAAAUACUAUCAAGAAUCUUGUAUUAAGCUAAGUAACACACUGAUACAGUGGACUUCUAAACCAUUUACAUUCACUGGCUAAUACCACCCCUAUAAUCAGAGUUAAUGAAUGUCUCACACCCUAGCCAGUAAUAACCUGCUCUUCUGAUUCAUGAUGAAUGCAUCAAACUGGAGGCACGUUUUUUUUUAAAGAAAUAGAUGCAUCCAUACAGUACCAUGUACAACCCACCUCCACUUUACAUCACUAUAUCUUGAUAAACUAAACUGAAAUUGAGUGACUUUUAAACCUACACAUCACCAUCUCAAGAAUGCCUCAGAGGAAUUAAAUAGUUUAGGGUUUUCCUGAUAAGUCCCAUAGAAUAUUACUUGACAUUCCUAUAGAAACAGCCAGCACCACAUUGAGCAAGCAUAUUAGGUCAACAAUAGUAGCACCUGCCAUAACUGCCAAGAUAAUGAUCUGUCCUGUCUAGCCAGUUACCACACUAAUCUCAUGCAGUUCCAUAUAUCCCAGAUACUUUACAAGUGGCAGAGGACUGGAAAAAAGUUUGAAACUAAAUGGUUGUGACAAUCUAGAUCCAAGGUCGCAGAACUAGGUCUAGUAAGUCAUACUAGACACUGGUUCUCAAACCGGUUUUUAAAAUCAGAUUAAAAUUAUGCUUAAUUGGUGGAUGUGAACCAGAUCUCUGCUCAUGAAUUGAGCUUAAUAUGACAGAUAUGGUUUGGGGAAAUGGGCAUUAAAAAGAAGGGCCUGGCCUGGAGCUUUACCCUCCUACACAAGAAACCAUAAAAUCUUGGUUCUGUAGAACAGGGCAGGGCUAAACAUACCACCUUCUAGCUUAGUCAUGCAACCAAGAAUGCACUCGAUGCAGAGGUGGGUGUUUAGGGCCACUUACACCAGCUACAGGACCACACCUCCCAGGGCAGGGCCAGAAAGCUCCCAAGAUCUACCAAUCAUGGGCAGUGUCCCACUCUUAAAUUAAACCUUGCCAGAUUUAGUCACUAGUAUAAAAUUUUCACCCCCACCCCCCAAACUCCAGUAAGGAGUCUUAAGAAAUUCAGCAAGGGAGUCUCACAGGUGGAUCCCACUUAACACUACAGAUUAGACUAGGUGAAAGCUACUGGAGUCCACACAAGUCAGGUACUGUAUGAGCCAUUUGGGGUUCCACUUGACACAAAACCUCUCCCACACCCACUGGUAUAGGCUAGCUUCUCAGGGUAUUCAGCAAGUCAGGUGGGAAAAAAAAGGGACUUGAAGUACCCCACUAGAAGAACAGAUCAUAAACAGUAGUUGCUUUAGGCAAGUCCCUUCACAGUGCUCCAUCAAGAAUGCAACUGGCUGGCAAAAUACCCACUUCCCACAACCCCAAAUUCCAUACACACUUUGUGCAUCUCUCCUCCAAAAAAAAAAAAAAAAAA